CGUGCGCUGGGUUGUAUACGUGACUUGUGCCGCGAGUUUGAGCGUGGAAUCGACCGCUGUGGAGUGUUUACUGACCCCUCCACUCCCCGUUUUUUUUCUUUUCUUUUCCGUGAUCACUAUAUGGGGAUAGACGUGGGUGGACUUGUGCGUAAGUUCGGCCCCCUUGUCUCCCCUCGGACCCGGGUUCAGCACCGCGGACAGCGCCGCUGCUCCUGGCGCCACCUGGAUCAAGAGGAGGAGCAGAUGAGAGUCGCGGAUUCGGGGUCCGGUUAAGUCCAAGCGACGGACGUGACACGUCAUGAUGAUCUCACGAUAUAAACCGCGAUGUGAGACGUUGUGAGCGAAGGCAUUCCGGAGGAGCGGUGCAGGACUGAGCACAAGUGAAUCCUCAGUUUUAGAGGAUGUUUGCACUCUCCAGACCGACGGGAUGCAGAUCUGUCUCAGAAACAUGGCCAGGAAAGCUGCUUAGACAAGAGGGAGCUGCUGUGGAUGCACCAGACCGUUUCUGCUUCUGACCCACCACUUUAUCGUGACCUCUUUGGAUGUAAUUUUGGAUUGAAAGAGGGACAAACAUUAUGACCGGAAUCUACUGAGGCAGCCAUUGGAGAACUCACCAUGCUCUGAGAGACGUUUCAUACAUUUUUUUCUUGUCUGUCUGUCUCUCCCUGUGGUCCCUCCUUCUUCCCUCUCCUCCGCUUCCUCUCCUUCAUCUGUCCGGUUCCCUGCAGAGUCCCGGUUCCACCAUGUCCUUGGCGUUCUGUGGGAAUGAGAAUAACUCUUUAGCCUACAAUGUGGACGGUGGAGUUCUCAACAACGGUUGCUUCUUGGACGCGCUCAAUGUGGUGCCACAUAUCUUCCUCCUUUUCAUCACCUUCCCCAUCCUCUUCAUCGGCUGGGGCAGCCAGAGUUCCAAGGUCCAUAUCCACCACAGUACCUGGCUUCAUUUCCCUGGACACAACCUCCGUUGGCUCCUCACCUUUGUCCUGCUGUUCAUCCUGGUCUGUGAAAUUGCAGAGGGCAUCGUCUCUGACGGGUUCAGCCAGUCUCUCCAUCUUCACCUGUACAUGCCUGCAGGACUGGCUUUCAUGGCGGGCAUCACUUCUAUUAUCUACUAUCACAACAUCGAGACCUCCAACUUCCCCAAACUGCUACUAGCCCUUCUGAUCUACUGGGUCCUGGCCUUCAUCAUGAAGACUAUCAAGUUUGCCAAAUACACCGAACAUGGCAUUGGCCUGCGGCAGCUGCGCUACUGCAUCACUGGACUCCUGGUGCUGCUCUAUGGCCUGCUGCUGGCUGUGGAGAUUAAUGUCAUCCUGGGCAGGCGCUACAUGUGUUUCGCCAAUCCCACAGAAGUGAAGCCUCCAGAGGACCUCCAGGACCUGGGCGUUCGUUUUCUGCAGCCAUUUGUCAACCUGUUGUCCAAAGCUACUUACUGGUGGAUGAACACAUUCAUAACCGCCGCUCACCGACGACCGAUUGACCUCAAAGUCAUUGGGAAAUUACCAAUCGCGAUGAGAGCUCUCACAAACUACAUUAAGCUACGCAAGGCCUUUGAAGACCAAAAGAAGCCUCCAGGCACGGCGACACAGGGUCCUAAGUGGAUCUGGGAGGCUUUGAGGAAAGCGUUUGGUCGACCUCUUAUUCUAAGCAUCACAUUCCGCUUCAUGGCUGACCUGCUGGGCUUUGCUGGUCCACUCUGCAUCUCUGGCAUCGUUCACCAUAUCAGCAAGGACAACCGCACAAUACAGCAACCGAUGAGAUUGCUGGGGAUCAAUUUCAUUUCAUCCAAGGAGUUUCUGGAGAACGCAUAUGUGCUGGCUGUGCUUCUCUUCCUGGCCCUGCUUCUGCAAAGGACCUUCCUCCAGGCGUCUUACUAUGUGGCGAUCGAAACGGGCAUCAACCUGCGUGGGGCCAUCCAGACCAAAAUCUACAACAAGAUAAUGCGGCUGUGCACCUCCAACAUGUCCAUGGGGGAGCUCACUGUUGCUCAAAUCUGCAAUCUGGUUGCCAUAGAUACCAAUCAGCUCAUGUGGUUUUUCUUCCUGUGUCCGAAUCUGUGGGCCAUGCCAGUCCAGAUAAUUGUGGGUGUGAUCCUGCUCUACUACCUCCUGGGAGUCAGUGCCUUGAUCGGAGCGACCGUAAUCGCUGUGUUAGCACCAGUCCAAUAUUUUGUGGCCACAAAAUUGUCCCAAACUCAAAAAAGCACUCUGGAAUACUCCAGUGAGCGUUUGAAAAAGACCAAUGAGCUGCUGCGGGGCAUCAAGCUGCUGAAGCUGUACGCAUGGGAGCGCAUCUUUUGUGACAGUGUGGAAGAGACCCGGGACAAAGAGCUGACCAGCCUGCAGGCAUUUGCUCUGUACACGUCCAUAUCCAUUUUCAUGAAUGCAGCUAUUCCCAUCGCAGCUGUGUUGACGACGUUUGUGGUCCACGUCCACAUCUCGGAGGACGCAGACCUGUCCCCGGCAGUGGCCUUCGCCUCUCUGUCACUGUUUCACAUACUGGUCACACCUCUGUUUUUGCUCUCCAGCGUGGUGCGCUCUACAGUCAAAGCCCUUGUCAGUGUGCAAAAGCUCAGCGAGUUUUUCUCCAGCGAUGAGAUCGGAGACGAGCAGGAACCGAAAGCCCUAUUGACCUCGGGCUCCAGCAAUCACAACCAAAAUAGGUACCAAGCUGUGUCGUCUUCUAAACCUCUCCCUUCAUCGUCCUCGCACCGCCAGCCCUUGAAGGUGGUGAACAGGAAGCGCCCUCCGAGGGACGACUGGAACAACUACAGCUCGCGGGGAGACCAUGAAGAAGAGGGGCCCUCCCAAAUUCUUGAUCAAGACAUCUGUAUCAAAAUCACGAGUGGCUAUUUCACAUGGACAGACGGACCACCAACACUCUCCAACGUGGACAUCAGAAUUCCUUUUGGUAAACUGACAAUGAUUGUCGGCCAAGUUGGAUGUGGAAAAUCCUCCCUGCUGCUGGCAGCUCUGGGUGAGAUGCAGAGAAUAUCCGGAGCAGUCGCCUGGAACAGCUUUCCAAAACUGGAGUCUGAAGGGGAUGAAAGCCCUUCAGACAGAGAUACAGCAGGCGAUGGCGAUAUCAGGAAGCGGUGUGCCGUCGCCUACGCCUCGCAGAAGCCCUGGCUGCUCAAUGCAACGCUUGUGGAAAACAUCACAUUCGAGAUGCCCAUGAUCAAACCCAGGUACAAAGCAGUCAUCGAAGCCUGCUCUCUUCAGCCGGACAUCGACAUUCUCCCUCAGGGGGACCAGACAGAGAUCGGGGAGCGGGGCAUCAUCCUUUCAGGAGGACAGAAACAACGGAUCAGCGUGGCCAGAGCCUUGUACCAGCAGACGCACGUGGUCUUUCUAGACGACCCAUUUUCUGCCUUAGACAUCCACCUGAGCGACCACCUCAUGCAGGAUGGCAUCCUGAAGCUCCUGCGAGAGGAGAAGAGGACCGUGGUGCUGGUCACACACAAGCUUCAGUACCUGCCGCACGCAGACUGGAUAAUCGCCAUGAAAGAUGGGACCAUCCAAACCGAGGGAACUCUGAAGGACAUCCAGAAUUCAGAACCAGAUCUCUUUGAGCAGUGGAAGACUCUGAUGAACAGACAGGAUAAGGAGUUCGAGAAGGAGACCGUUGCAGCCAGUAUGACUGACCUGGAGAGGAAGAACUUGCGAAGAGCUAUGUACUCCAGAGAGGCUGCCAGGACCGAGGCAGAGGAGGAAGAGGAAUCGCUGGAGAGCGAAGAUGACGACAACAUGUCGCAGGUGAUGCGUCAGCGGGCCACCAUUCCCUGGCGCUCCUGCAGCACCUACCUGUCCUCUGCCGGCGUCCUCCUGCUGAGCCUGCUCCUGCUGUCGCAGCUACUCAAACACUCGCUCAUGGUCGCCAUCGACUACUGGCUGGCACAUUGGACGUCACACGUCAUCAAGGCCCAGAUCGAUGCCAGAAACCACAACUGCUCAGUGGUGCAGGACUGUGGCUUCAGUCACUCGUGGUACCUGUCCGUGUUCAGUGUGCUGUGUUGCCUUGGCAUCGUCCUCUGUCUCGCCACAUCGGUGGCGGUGGAGUGGACCGGACACAAAGUGGCCAAGGAGCUGCAUCACAACCUGCUCAACAAAAUCAUCCUGGCGCCCAUGAGACUGUUUGAGACGACUCCGCUGGGCAGCAUCCUAAACCGGUUCUCCACUGACACCAACACAAUUGAUCAGCACAUUCCGACCACGCUGGAGUGUCUGGCUCGCUCUACGCUUCUGUGCGUGUCUGCGCUGGGGGUCAUCUCCUAUGUGACCCCUGUCUUCCUCAUAGCUCUCCUGCCUCUGGUCAUCACCUGCUACUUCAUUCAGAAAUACUUCAGAGUGGCCUCAAGGGACCUGCAGCAGCUGGAGGACAGCACUCAGUUGCCUUUACUCAGCCACUUCUCAGAGACGGUGGAGGGUCUCAGCACAAUUAGAGCCCUCAGGUACGAGCCGAGGUUCAGACAGAGGUUACUACAGUUCACAGAUGCCAACAACAUCGCUUCUCUCUUCCUCACCGCAGCCAACCGCUGGCUGGAGGUCCGCAUGGAAUAUAUCGGCGCAUGUGUGGUGCUGGUGGCAGCAGUGGCUUCAAUCACCAACUCACUGUAUGACCAGCUGUCCACAGGUCUGGUGGGACUCGGCCUCACGUACGCGCUGAUGGUGUCCAACUACAUGAACUGGAUGGUGCGGAACCUGGCCGACAUGGAGGUGCAGCUCGGCUCCGUCAAGAGGAUUAACAGCCUUCUGAAAACAGAACCUGAGAAUUACGAGGGGCUGCUGUCUGGCUCCCAGGUCCCUGACCGCUGGCCCCAGCACGGAGAGAUCAAGAUCCAGAACUUAAGUGUCCGCUACGAUCCCUCCCUGAAGCCUGUUCUGAAGAAUGUCAAUGCACACGUCAGUCCGGGACAGAAGGUGGGGAUCUGUGGUCGGACAGGAAGUGGAAAGUCCUCCUUCUCGCUGGCCUUCUUCCGCAUGGUGGACAUGUUUGAGGGGCGGAUCGUGAUCGAUGACAUCGACAUCGCCAAGCUGCCGCUGCAGACCCUCCGAUCUCGCCUGUCCAUCAUCCUGCAGGACCCCAUCCUCUUCAGCGGCACCAUCAGGUUCAACCUGGACCCAGAGGUGAAAGCGACAGACCAGAUGCUGUGGGAGGCGCUGGAGAUCGCACAGCUGAAGCCUGUGGUCAAGUCUCUUCCUGGAGGCCUCGACGCGGCGGUGACGGAGGGCGGCGAGAACUUCAGCCAGGGCCAGAGGCAGCUGUUCUGCCUGGCCCGAGCCUUCGUCCGGAAGAGCAGCAUCCUCAUCAUGGACGAAGCCACCGCCUCCAUCGACAUGGCAACGGAGAGCAUCCUGCAGAAAGUGGUGAUGACCGCCUUUGCUGAGCGAACCGUGGUGACCAUAGCACACCGCGUCCACACCAUCCUGAACGCCGACGCGGUGAUUGUGAUGAAGCGCGGGAUCAUCCUGGAGCACGAGCGGCCGCAGGUCCUGCUGGACAAGGAGGACAGCGUCUUCUCGUCCUUCGUGAGAGCAGACAAGUAGCACAAGCGGCGCCGCGAGAGGAGACACAUUCAAAGUGCAAUUGUCCCAUUCACACAGAUUCACUUAAUUUUUUAAAACACCUCUUGUAUUAUAUUUGUACAUAGAAAUGCCUUUAAUAAUAAAACAUAAAUUAUCAAUGGAAUGAGUGCUC